CCCCUACCUUUUAUCCCCUUAUUGCAUCAUCCAGAUGUAUAACUCCUUACAAGGUCUUGAUGUGGAAUCAUCAUCUCACCAUCUUUGAUGGAAAAUCCUUUAAUGGCCAGCCUGAAGGAGGAAACAUCACCAGAAUGUAGAGAUGUGAGGGUACUUUUAGCCUGAUAAAGCUUUGAGGCUUUUCUUUCAAGUUGUGCUGUAACUUUAUUUAUAAAGCACUUUUCAUACAUUAAAAAAUGGAACCCAAAAGUGUUUAACCCUAACUAUGUGGCUACUAGACCACCGUGCAGCCACAAAGAUCUUUUAAGACAAUUUUACGUAAUAGCCAGGUCAAAGAGUUGGGUCUUAAAAACCUGAAGAUUUCUUGUAGCCCUGAGGUCCCUCCCUGUGUGUGUGUGUCCUGACUUUUGGGAUGAUGAGACCAGUGCCAGAGGACUUCAGGGUCCGCAAAGGCUCAUAUUAUAAUAGAAGGCCCAAGACCAUUACAGCCAUUAUAACAAAUUUAAAAUUAAUCCCAAAGCACACAGGAAGCCAAUGUCAUGAUUUUAAAACUGGUGUAAUUUGGACCCAACUCCGUCAGGACACUAAAUUUAAUAGUAUUUGUAAGGAUGAAAUAUUCUUUUUAGGAAGACUAGAAAACAAAACAUAACAAUAAUCUAUAAGACUAAUGAUAAAUGCAUGCAUAAUCAUCUCUGUGUUGCCCUUAGAGAGAGUAGGACGGACUAUAUUUUUGAACAAUGAUAAAAUACACAAUUUGUUGGAAUUGUGGAAUAAAACUCAUCUUAGAAUCAAAGAAAAAUCCCAGGUUUUUAAUGGUCCACGCCUGUAAUUUUGAUAUGUCUCAAGACCGAUUAUCAUACCUUCAGUUUUGUCCUGCUUAAGCUGUUCUCUGCCAUCCAGGAUUGAGUUUCUAAAAUGCAGAUAAACAGAGUGGCUGUUGGACAUCAGGAAACAUGGGAAUGUAUUGUGUAUCAUCAGAAAAGUAGUGAAAAUUCUUAAAAAAUGUAUGACGUUACCAAAGGCAAAGGCCAAGUAUUCAUUCAUUUUGUAUGGUUUAUCCUCACAAGGGACACGGGGGUGCUGGAGCCUAUCCCAGCUGUCAUUGGGUGAGAGGCGGGGUCCACCCUGGACUGGUCGCCAGCCAAUCACAGGGCACAUAUAGACAAACAACCAUUCACACUCACAUUCAUACCUAUGGACAAUUUGGAGUCACCAAUCAACCUAGCAUGUUUUUGGAAUGUGGGAGGAAACCGGAGUACCCACUCCACACUCCACACUCCACACAGAGAUGCACAAGGGUGGAAUCAAACUCGGGUCUCAUAGCUGUGAGGCCUGCACGCUAAAUCACUCUUUGUGUCAUGAUCUGCACUCGUUUUGGUCUGCUGCCCCCUGUUGUCUCUGUUCUGUCCUGCAGCGGACUCCUGCCUUGCUCUCCUGGUCUGCACAGCUGUUGCCCAUCAGCCAUUAGGCCUUCUUAUACCGCGCCACUUCCAUUGUUCCUCUGUCAGAUCGUUUGCCUUGCAUGCUUCAUUUUUGCUCCUGACCUUUUGUCUCUCUGCCUUGUACUUGUAUUUUUGUUGCCUACUGUCUGUCAGUGGUUGAGCAACUUUGUAAAUCCUUAUUUUGUUGUACUCUUUUUUUUUUUUCCUCCUCUGUGCCUGCCCUUUUUUUUUAUAAUUAAAUACUUUAUUUAGACAUUUGCCUUGGUCUCUGCUCUGGGGUCCUCAAUACCUGGCACAAGUGCCACCCACUUGCUGCUGGGCAGAACAAAAACAUUGACAUACACCAGUCAUGCUCACUAUACCAUUUGUUUUGCCAAACACAAAAGCACAAUAACAAGCACAAACACAAACACAAACACGCCAAAUGAUUAUAACAUGCUUGAUUUUUUUUUUUAUUUUGCAAUUGAAUAAAUGCUUUCUAUUAAAAAAAAAUACAUCCACGGUAUCACUUAAUAUGCUCAGUGUAAGGAAGCUGGAGUCCAUCCCAACUUGACUAUUUGAGAGCCAGUGUGCAGUACACAGUGGACAUAUCACUUUUCAUUUACAUCUACUCAUCAUUGAACAUAUUACACACAUGUUUUGUUAAGAUCCAGAAAACAGUCCCACAAAGAGAGAACAUACCAAUUUCACACACAAUGGUCUGAGUCAACACAUAUGCAAUCCAUAGCAUACAGGUUAAAACUGCAUGAAUGUAUGUAGACCCCUAUGUCAUACAAAGUGGGUUUUAAAGCCUUACCGUUUGUCUGUGAAAUAUCCUGAGAAACAUGUGCAGAUAUUUGGAGGCGCACUGUUUGAUGGCAAGGAAGUCCCACCGAACAGGAUUGACCUGAACAGCAACACACCUUAUACAGAAGAAAAUAACUUUGAUCACACCCUACACAUUUGAAAUGGUUUUACCGAACAACGUGCUCUUUGCAUUCCAACAGUAGCAGCCAAAAAUGAACAUAUUCCAUUUGACUGUAUUUAGACGACCUUUACCCAUUGUCUUGCUGUGUGGAUUGUUUUACAACAAGAGCUAAAGAGUGCGGAAAACAGGCUGUAUGACUUCAUCACUACUGUGCAGAGUGUGGCAACACUUGCAGAUCCGGUUUGGUAGCCCGCUUGAUUAAGGUGUUGAGUGGCAUGUGGGGAAACAAUCUUAAAGAAAGAGACCAGGAAGGAGUUGAUUUUCUCCGAUUUGAAGACAAACUUUACCAUAGUGAUGCUUUCACUGAGAUGGAUUUUGCAAAGCAACCCAACAUGCGCCUGUUGAUGUUAUCUGUUAUCAUAGAUCUCCUUUGUGUCAGCCAAUGCAUUGCUGGAAAGGUUGCCGCCAGGGGCGACAUUUGCAGAACCGAUCCAAUUGUAUUGAUUGACAUGGCAAUAAGAAAGAAAUGGGCUUCCCUGAAAAACUUCAGUAAAGUUUGGAGUGAUGCAGAAGAAAAAGCUAGAAAGCCAGCGCACAUGUACAUGGAGAAGCAGCAUGCAGUUGCCAUAUACACGUAUACAAGCUCUUUACUGCAGUAUUCCACUGGGAAACUGCAGAGUGUCAUAACAGUUGGACGCCAUCAAAGCAGGAAUGAAACAGUUUAUAUCAACACAUUUCUUUAUUCCUCCCUGAGUGAUGCCGUUCAAGUUCUGAAACAUAGUCAGGUAACAUGUCUUAGUACCUACUACAGAACACAAAGACUUUUACAUUUAAACAUAUCUAACCAACAAAUCCGAUUUGGCUCUUUUAUGUUAUUUUUUGACAAUAGUAGUCUUGAAAGUUGCCUUACAUGUUUUGAGAUUAAUACAUGUUUCGGUGCCGACAUAUCCCAUUACUCUGUAAUGGAUCAAAUUCACCAGGUAUUGAUACCACCCUAUGAGGUCUUCAAAGUGUCUCGUGUCCACCCAGUUAUCACUAAGGGUUGUAACAUCACCUACAAACUGGAGAGCAACCUUAACUGUGUGUAUGAUAUAGAAGGCAACAGGCUGCAUCCGAUAUCUGCAUCACCUGUGGAAGUAUUGUGGUGUCUUGUCAUCAUCACUUUUAUGAUCAUCAUUUGUCUUGUCGUCAUCAUUGUAAAAGUAUAUCGAAAGAAAACUAAUCUUCAAAGUGUUUAUUUACAUCAAAGUGCAAGCUAUCAUGGUGAAGUUGUCAUGAAAACACCAUUAUUCAACAUUAAAUAAAGUACAUUUUUGCAUACUUUGUUAUCAUUGUUAAUUCUAUUUUUACUAUGGUACCCAUUAUGUCAUUGUAUGGUCAUCAACUCGUACUUCAGUACGAGGUACAGUAUUGAAAAAAAAAACAAAAAAAAAACCUUAAACUGUAUUAUGGAAAGCAGGAAGUGAACAAAUGUAACAGUUACUGAUUGUAAAAGUACCAAAUGGAGGGGUAGGAUAAGCUUUUUUUUUAAUAAGCUUUGUUUCUUCCUACUCCUUUUGGACAUGUGGAACUGUGAACUGAUUAUAUGAUGCAUUCAAUUGUAAUCUGAUGCAUGUUCAAAUGAAA